CGCACUUCUUCUACUAUUCGAUCGAAGAUCCAAGCUCUGCUGAUUCGACAUGUGGUCGUCUUCUCUCUUCCAGCCUUCGUUUAGCACACCGAUGGCAGUGAGAGUUCCCGUCAGUGCGCUGUGGCCUCAGUCGGAGCUUCUUUGCAUUCAGAUGGAAAAUGAAAUGGCGAGACAGAUGGACAACAUGAGGAGAAGCGCUGACCUGAUGAAUCAGCUCCAGCAUGUCGUACGGAGAGAGACCCUUGAUGCAGAGACAGUUCCUAGAUCGGCUGCAGGUAAACAACCUUCGUGCAAGGUGAAGAAGGACGGACAGCACUUUUCUGCUACUCUGGAGGUGGAAGACUUCACUCCCGAGGAGCUGACAGUUAAACAGGUGGGAAGGAAAGUCCUGUUGAGCGGAAAGAAAGAAAAGAAAGAGGAAAGCGAGGGGGGAUCCUACAGCUACAAGUACCAGGAGUUCAGACGAGAGCUCGAGCUGCCAGAAGACGUGAACCCCGAGGAGAUGAGCUGCUUGCUAAACAACGGACAGCUGCGCAUCGAAGCACCAAGGAUGGCACUGCCCACUGUGCCCGAGAGAGUGGUGCCCAUUAAAAGUGACAACUCGGGGUGCAUUAAUGGUGGAGAGGAGCAAAAAAAGGAGUGUGGAAUGGAAAGGGAAUGAGCAAAUGUUUAAAGU